AUGGCGAACAACGCCGUCACUAACUUCCACGCGAACAGCCGUCUGCACUUCAUAGGCUCAUGGCGCGCGCGUUACGAUGUGUUUCUCGACGCCAAGCUCGCCCAAAAGCAGCACGAUUCCGCGACGAAUCGCACGCGCGACGUCGCGUCGACGUCGCGCGCGACGCCGCGCACGAUUUUUCACGUCGACAUGGACUGUUUCUUCGCGAGCGUCGCGAUGCGCGCGCGACCGGAGCUGUCGACGGAGACGCCGCUGGCGGUGUCGUGGGGGACGAGCGCGAGCAAAAGAGGCGAAGUGUCGAGCGCGAAUUACGCGGCGCGCGCGUUCGGCGUGAAAGCCGGCAUGUGGCUCGACGAGGCGCUGCGACUGUGUCCAGAAUUAGUGCUCGCGCCGUAUGAUUUCGCAGAGUACGAAAAAGUGGCGCUGGAGGUGUAUGAAAUUUUGUUUGAAGCGUCGCGAGGAGAGUGCGUCGGGAUUUCGUGCGACGAAGCUUUCAUCGACGUCACGAGUCGAUGCGAGUCCGAGGACGCCGUGGCCGUGGCGGAGCAGAUUCGCAGGGAUGUUUACGCGAAGACGAAGUGCGCGUGCUCGAUAGGGAUCGGGUCUAAUAUGUUGUUAGCGAGGUUGGCGACGCGAAGAGCUAAGCCAGAUGGCGCGUUUCGAGUCGAGCCGAAGGAUGAGCGCGAAUUCAUCGCGAAGACGCGAUUGGCGGAUUUACCGGGAUUCGGACGACACGCGGGUGAGAAGUUGCAAAAGUCCACCAAAAUUCGCGUCACGGAUACGUGUGAAACGCUCCUGAAAGUUCCAGUGGCGACGCUGAAGAGCGCACUAGGCGCACAGAAAACCGAAAAACUCCUCGAAGCGGCGCGAGGCAUCGACAAGACGCCGUGGUGCGUGCGACCACAGCGCAAGAGCAUCGGCGCGCAAAUGUCUUGGGGCGUCCGGUGUGCAUCAAAUGAAGUAGCGAUGGACUACGUUAAACAACUCGUGAGAGAGGUAGCGUACCGCAUGCAACGCUUGAAAAUUCGCGGUCGCGCGCUCAACUUAAAGCUUUGGCGGGCUAUUCCAGACGUGAACACGAUGCGAGAUUAUCAAGGUCACGGCGCAUGCGAUGUGCUGACGCGCACAAAAGCGAUGCGGGAGUUGAGUAACGACACCGAACUUAUCAUCAGCGAGGCUCUAACGAUAUUGCGAGAGUUGAACGUCGAAGCGACGUCGAUACGCGGGUUAGGUGUUUCGAUUACAAAGUUGGAACACGGCGCGGAGACGGCGACGUCUCCGGGCGCAAAACAACCAACUCUUUCGCAAAUGUUUGCCAAACGCACAGCGGAGAAAGCAACACACGAGGAAGAAACAUGUGUACUUGCGGCGAGCGAUGAAGAGUUGGCGGAGACGGAGUCUGAGGGCGACGACGACGUCGCGGACACGCAGUCGCAGCUGACGCAAAACGAUUGCGACUUUACGUUGUUCAACUCGCAGGCGGAAAUAGAUAGCGACAGGGAAAGAUCGAUACGCGACGCAUUCGAAGCCGCAGCGCGGGCGUAUGCAUGGCAAAGAUUCGAGCUCGGACGCUUAAAACUUAGCAAGCGAAGACGCGACACGUUGAGCGAGGACGAGUACGCGAGACGCGCUUGCGCUCGAGCUGCCGAUGUCAUCGCGACGCAAGCGCGGAGAUCAUACGCUCAGGAUGGUGAAACCGGUCUGAACGCCUUACUCAACGACGCUCGAGCGCUGUGUCGAUCGCAAGAGCUAUUACACGAAACGUACUCAUCACAGGGCGCCGCGUUCAUCGCCGCCUGGCUCGAUCGAGUCGACUCUGUGGGCAAAACAAUCGUCAUCGGGUCUAGCAGUCUUUAGUUCAAAU